AUGACCGCCAGCACCUCCAACGGCACCUCUGCUGCUGCCCCCCGUGGCUUCGGCACCCUUGCCGUCCACGCCGGCUCGCCUCACGACCCCUCCACCGGCGCCGUCAUCGAGGCCAUCUCGCUGUCCACAACUUUCGCCCAGACGGCCGUGUCCAAGCCCGUCGGCGACUACGAGUACUCGCGCUCCGCCAACCCCAACCGCACCAACUUUGAGCACGCCGUCGCCGCCCUCGAGCACGCAAAGUACGCCCUCGCCUACUCCUCCGGCUCGGCCACCACCGCCAACAUCCUCCAGAGCCUCGCGGCCGGCUCCCACGUCAUCUCCGUGUCCGACGUCUACGGCGGCACCCACCGCUACUUCACCCAGGUCGCCAAGGCCCACGGCGUCAAGGUCACCUUUACCCCGGAGAUCGAGGUCGACAUCAACGAGCACAUCACACCGGACACCCGCCUCAUCUGGAUCGAGUCCCCCAGCAACCCGACCCUGCGCCUCGUCGACAUUGCCGCCAUUGUUGCCGUCGCCCGCGCCAAGAACAUCCUCGUCGUCGUCGAUAACACUUUCCUCUCUCCCUACGUUCAGAACCCGCUCGACCAUGGCGCAGACAUUGUCGUCCACUCUGUCACAAAGUACAUCAACGGCCACUCGGACGUCGUCAUGGGCGUCGCCGCCUUCAACUCCGACGACCUCUACCAGCGCCUCUCUUUCCUCCAGAACGCCAUUGGCGCCGUCCCCUCGCCCUUUGACUGCUGGCUUGCCCACCGCGGCCUCAAGACCCUCCACCUCCGUGCCCGCGAGGCCACCCGCAACGCUACUGCCGUCGCCACCGCCCUCGAGGCCUCUCCCCACGUCAUUGCCGUCAACUACCCGGGCCUCGACUCCCACCCCCAGCGCGCCGUCGCUAUCAAGCAGCACCGCAACGCCAUGGGCGGCGGUAUGCUCUCUUUCCGCAUCCAGGGCGGUCACGCUGCUGCCGAGCGCUUCUGCGCCGAGACUGGCAUCUUCACUCUCGCCGAGUCUCUUGGUGGUGUCGAGUCGCUUGUCGAGCUUCCCAGCAGCAUGACCCACGCUGGUAUCCCCAAGGAGCAGCGCGAGCUUGUUGGUGUCUUUGACGAUCUUGUCCGUCUCAGCUGCGGUGUCGAGGAUGCCGACGACCUUACCGCCGAUGUUCUCCAGGCCCUUGAAGCUGCCGUCACUGGCAAGAGCACCAAGAACGGCAACGGCGUCCACUAA